AAAUGUGUCCUAGAUUCUUGUCGUUUUUUAAAUGCUGAAGGAUUUGAUGUUACUUACCUCCCAGUUCAACAGAAUGGCAUUCUAAGAUUAGAGGAUCUAGAAGCAGCUAUUCGUCCUGACACAUCUUUAGUUUCUGUGAUGGCUGUCAAUAAUGAAAUUGGGGUGAAGCAACCUAUUAAAGAAAUUGGUGCUCUCUGUCGGGAGAAGAAAGUAUUUUUUCAUACUGACGCAGCACAAGCUGUUGGAAAAAUUCCUAUGGAUGUUAAUGAUAUGAAUAUCGAUUUGAUGUCUAUUAGUGGCCACAAAAUAUAUGGUCCAAAAGGUGUUGGGGCUUUAUAUGUAAGAAGGAGACCGCGGGUCAGAAUACAACCUAUUCAGAGUGGUGGUGGACAAGAAAGAGGAAUGCGCAGUGGUACGGUACCUACUCCAUUAGUUGUAGGUUUAGGAGCUGCAUGUGAAAUUUCGAAAAGGGAAAUGGAAUAUGACAGAAAAAGAGUUGAAAAACUUUCCAAACGAUUAGUUGAUCGGAUAAUGAGUUCAUUACCGCAUGUUGUUCGUAAUGGAGAUUCUGAACAAACAUAUCCAGGUUGUGUAAAUCUGUCAUUUGCAUACAUUGAAGGUGAAAGUUUACUGAUGGCUCUAAAAGAUAUCGCUUUAUCUUCAGGAAGUGCUUGUACGUCAGCUUCAUUAGAACCAUCUUAUGUUCUUAGAGCAAUUGGUAGUGACGAAGAUUUAGCUCAUUCUUCUAUCAGAUUUGGCAUUGGUCGUUUUACUACUGAAGAGGAAGUUGACUAUACCAUUGAGAAAUGCAUAUAUCAUACUAAAAGAUUAAGAGAUAUGAGUCCUUUGUGGGAAAUGGUACAAGAAGGAAUAGAUUUGAAAUCUAUUCAGUGGUCGCAACAUUAAAUGCUACAUGUGCUUUUCUUAAAAUUUGCUAGAGAUGAGGUGAUACAGAGAAAAAGGCAAAUAACAUUUUCACAAACUUAAAUUAAAGAAUGCUUAGCCCAAGAGGUUAAUACAGAUCUCUCAUAUUAUGAGGAUUGACUUGGUGCACAUGACUGUGAUAAAUUCUUUGUGAAUGCCUUAUGUGUUUACUCAGUUUGUAUAUAGUACUGCUGUUAAAAGAUGCAAAUAAAUAACAUAUUGUUACAUAA